AUGAUUAAAUUUAGAAUUAAAGUUGAUGUAAAUUAUUAGAUAACGUCGGCUUUAAAAACUACUAAAUUUACUGCAUAUGAUUUACUAAUUUAAAUUAAAAUUAAAUCGAUAGUAUUAUACUAUAUAUUUAUAUUCAUUCUAAUUUUAAUGGCUUUAACAUAAAAAAAUUAUAUGUAAAAGUAUGCUUAUGCCCUAAAACUUUAAAACUUGAGUUAACUUAGAAUCCUUCCCUUUUUAAAACUACAAGUCAAUGGGGAUUUAAUUUUGAUAAAGAAUAGUGUAUUGAAUCAUUUUUUGAUAUCUAUUAGAUAACAUCUCUUGAAUGUAAAUAUUUAUAAUAAUUUUUAAUAGAAUCUUUAAAUACAAAUUCUAACAGUCUUUAAACAAAAUAGUCAUUAAUUGAUGAUUUCUUUUAUUCAGCUAUUUGCAAAUUAUUAAUUACUUAGAAUUUAACAUUUUGUUAGAAUAUCUUUGAUGGUUGGAUGA